UUCGUCAAACGUCGGAUCAUCGUUGUCAACUGUCAAUAUGUGAUAAAGUGAUGAAUGCUGUCGUGUAUGCCGAUUGCCGAUUAAUCAAGGUUUUUUUAUUCUAUUAUUUGUGUUUAAUGACGAGAGCGGUUAAUUGACCAUGAAAACGAAUCGUUCGUGAUUAAAACGACCCCUCUUUCACAAAUCACAGCAAUCUGUAAAUUAUCCGCUAAACUGAUCAUGAUAUUUAAACACAAGUAAACUAUACUGAUAAAGUAAAUUUGCAAGACACGCAAUGUCGGGACAUAAUUCACAAGAAGACGCAGAAGCUGACAGGAUUCUAAUGGUGAAAAAAAUUCUGAGUGCUGCUUUUUAUGCGUUGGCAUCGUUUAUGAUAACGGUAGUGAAUAAAACAGUAUUAACAUCGUAUGCAUUUCCUUCCUACCAAGUAUUAGGCUUAGGACAAAUGUUAGCAACGAUUUUAGUACUAUGGUGCAGUCGAUCUAUGAAAAUGGUACAAUUUCCAUCAUUAGAUAGUAGUGUCGCGCGCCGGAUUUGGCCACUACCGCUGAUCUACAUGGGUAACAUGGCUACAGGACUAGGAGGCACAAAAGAACUUAGCCUUCCUAUGUUUACAGCUCUAAGAAGAUUCAGCAUACUUAUGACGAUGAUUCUUGAAAGAUUUGUACUUGGAAUUAAAGCAUCUUGGCCUGUACAGGCUAGUGUAUUUGCCAUGGUUGGAGGUGCACUACUUGCUGCUGCUGAUGAUGUAACAUUCUCUUGGACGGGUUACACCCUUGUGCUAUUAAAUGAUGGAUUUACAGCUGCUAAUGGUGUUUACAUGAAAAAGAAAUUAGAUUCAAAAGAGCUCGGCAAGUAUGGACUUAUGUAUUAUAAUGCUCUGUUCAUGAUAGUGCCAGCCACAGCAAUUGCUUGGUGUACUGGUGAUCUGGAAAGCUCUGCAGCUUAUCCUCAUUGGUCAGAUAUGCUGUUCUUAGCUCAAUUCUUAAUGUCUUGUGUUAUGGGGUUUGUUUUGUCUUACAGUGUUAUGAUGUGUACACAAUACAAUAGUGCCUUAACAACAACAAUUAUAGGUUGUUUAAAAAAUAUAUUAGUUACAUAUUUAGGAAUGAUAAUAGGUGGAGAUUAUGUAUACUCAUGGCUCAACUUUGUUGGAUUAAAUAUAAGUGUAUUAGCCAGUUUAGGCUAUACAUAUGUUACAUUCAAGCGUAAACCAGCUCCAUAUAUGCUGCUGAAUGAUGCUAAUAGCAAAGUUGAUACCGUAUAGCAGUGUGUUAAAAGACGAUCAACCCAAUAUGCUACCUGUAUAGUGUAGUUAGGGGUUGCUGCCAAAGAUGAUUUAUAUUGCCUAGUAUUGUCAUGAUGCUUAAACAAAUGAAUGAGCUCAAUACAAAUAAUGAGCAUAUUAUAUAAAUAGCUGGCAUAGUUUGUAAAAUCUACAUAUUGAGAAAUACGUUAGCAAACAUAACAUGAGCUAGGUAUGUAUAUAUGUACAUGCACAUAAUUGUUUACAUAACAUAAUAAAAUUAUGUUAUUACACAGUGAUAUUGAAUUUCUAUAUUAUGUGCAGGGCCAGAUUAUGCAUUAGGCAGUGUAGAUAACUGCCAAGGGGCCCCACCCCAGACCAAGAAUUGGUAAACAAAGUUUUAAAAUUAAUUGUUCAUGGAAUUAUUGAAGAUGAAUAUUUCUUCUAUUUGUAAAGGGUGAUGUCAUAACUGCGUUAUUUAGUAAAGAACAUGUUGAUCAUGAAUAAAACUGCAUUGUUUGCCUGGGGGCCCUAACAUAAUUAAUGCGGUCUUGAUUAUGUGUUUCUUAUAAAUUAACAUAAUAAUAUAGUUUAUAAUUUUUUAUGAUAAGGGACACAUAGAUAAUAAAAUUGAGCAAGAACAAAUGUUCUACAUUUUUAUAAUGUUUUUAAUGAUGUAUGUAAUAUCAGGAAGUUUAUAUAGCAAUAUAAGAUAAAACAGAAACUUUGUAUUGAACUUGCAAUUGAUCACUUUUUAAAACAUGAAAUUAACAAAAUAAUGUGUUGUAUAAAGAUUUUAAUUGGGACAGAAAGUUAAUAUUUUUACUGCAAUA